AAACCUGAGUCUUUCUGCUGGCUGGUUGAAAUAGAAAGCGUGCUAUACAGCCAUGCAUGUGGUAUAUAAACCGUCCCCCGUUUUCCAAUCAUUCUGUUUUAUCUGAGAUUUCAUAAGAUAGUCCAAAACCAUCCAGAUUUGAAAAAUGAUGAUUGCUUCUGGCAGAAGCGGUGCUAAUAGUCGCGUUUUAGUUCUUUUAUACUUGACAUGCUUCUUACUGUCCUUGGCUCCUUCUGUAGUUGGGCCACCGGAAAGAAACUUCAAUCAAGGUCAACCGGAGUUACAACAGGCAAUGGAUAAUAUGAUCAUUCAUGAUGAACUCUUGAAAAAGUAUCUCUCCUCCCCGUCCUCUGAUGACAUAAAAAUUUCAUCUAUGUUUAGAAAUAGAGCAACACAUCUUCUUGAUCAAGCAGAAAACAUGCUUAUUGUGGCAAAAAAUUUGAAAGAAAAAGAAUGGUUUAAAAAAUUCGUACAUAAACUGAAAAUGCUAGCUUCUGUCAUAGAACAGAAUAUUGUCAAUCAAGCAAGGGAAAAUGAAUCAAACAGUUUCACAACAGAUGAGUUCGCACAAUCUUUGAGCGAAUUACCAGCUUCAGAUGGUCAGUUCCCACAACAAAAUACGUCAAAUUUUAAGACUGAAACCGUCCCAGAAACCAGGCCAGACCAAAUAAAGUCAAAUCAAAUGACGUCCAAGCUUCCAUUAACUCUUCCAGAUAUUAACGAAAUGAAAUCUUCAGCAGAAUAUGUUACCAUAGAUCAUGUUACUAAACCUGGGAUGACUCCCAAAAUAACCGAUAAUGUAAGAGAUGAAUUAGUAGAAGAAUUGGAAAGCUUGCACAAGCUUUCUUCCUUAGAACCAUUUGAUAGAAGCAUAACUGCACCUGAAACUAGCUCAACAUCGGUAGAACUUGCAACGCAACCAUCUUUAAUAACGGAAAGAAUUGGAGACAAGGAAAACGUAGAACAAGAAAAAGAGAAACUUAAAGAAAGGAUAGCAACUGAAGUAGCUGAAUUGAAAAAAUUAGGAGAGACAGAGGAAAAUAUUUUAAGUGCAAUGCAUAUUGAAGGUUUUAAAUCAGAUGGCAAUAAAAUAUUAAUUACAAAUGAAACGAAGGAAAGUGAAAACUUGAGUGAGCAUGCUCCAAUGAAACGAGUUGUAGAUGAGAGUAAUGUCCACUACUGGAAUCAGCCAGCAAACCACAUCCCAGAACCACCUAGACAGAUAUAUAUGAACAAUACAUUUUUAGGUAUGCACAUUAAUUUGCCACCAGUUAACCCACAAAUGUUAAGAAGGCAAUUCCACAAUGGGUUACAUAGAAACAUGGCUGGGAACAAUUACCCACUUUAUCAUGACGGUCUUAAAGGUACUAUACAGAAACUACAAUCUCAAGACAACCAAAAUUUCUUGCAAAGGAAUCAUAUGUAUGGAGCUGCUGAUUUUCGCCAACAAGGAAGACCUGACCAGCAGCAAGGACAAAGAGGAUUGAAUCUUUACGGUGUUCCUUCUCAGUCUGAUAGUAGAUACCCUCCAGACAACCCAGUGCUCAAUCACUAUGUUAAUCCAAAUUUCAGACCCCUAUAUAUGCCCUAUCCUCUAAAUCAAAAUAUGGAGCAGAGGAGUAAUGUUUUUAAUGAUACAAAGUCAACUACAUAUUCCAUGAGCAAGCUCCCAACUGAAUUCAGUGAAGAAAUGAAGAGGCAGUUAAGAGAUGGUAAAGUCAUACUUCUAUCAGAUAGUGUUGUUCCCUCAAACUUCACUGCAGAUGCAGAGAAAGAUGGAACACAGAAAACCAAAGAGUUUAAAAAUGACAAGAAUUAAUUUGCAGCAAGAAUACUAUAUUUUUCAUGUUCAUCUGCAAGUAAAAAAAAAGGAAAAAAGAUAAGAAAAUAUCUUAAAGCCUUUCCAUUUCAUAUUUUCUAUCGAAGGAUGAGCACAAUUACGUAUUACUUAUGUCUGAAGAUAGAUUUGAAUUUUAAGUUUAGAUUAUAUAAUAGAUAUAGAAAUCAAUUACUGAUUUCAUCAACAUUCUAUAAGAAGUUUUAAUACCAAAAUUCAUGAAAUUUGAAUUCCUUUAAACAGCUAUGUAAUCGCUGACUAAUG